AUGGCCAGCGCUACUGUCCUUGGCAGGGCCCCUGCAGGCGCUGCUGUUCCUGGGAGAGUGCCAAUGUCCCUGGAAAAGCCUCUAGGGGUGCCACCGCCCAUGGCACAGGCCCUGGGAGAGCUCCCGUCCCUGGGAGGAUCACUGCACGCGCUCCUGUCUCUGGGAGGGCCCAUGGUUGCAGUAGUUUUUGUGCCACUUAGAGAUCUGGGAGAAGCAGCGGCCCCAGUGAGCGUCGAUGUCCUUGAGAGAGCCCCUGGGGGCGCCUCAGACCCUGCCAGGGCCCCUGUGAGCGCCGAUGUUUUUGAGAGAGCCCCUGGGGGCGCUAACCUCUCGGGCAAGGCCCAUGGAGGCACUGCCGUCCCUGCAAGGGUCCCUGGGAGUGAGUCUGCCCCAGGAAGAUCCCCUGAGGACGCCAGCGCCCCUGGCAAAGCCCCUGAGGGCGCCACCACCCUUUGCAAGGCCCCUGUGGGCGCCAACGUCAUUGGGAGGGCCUCUUGGGCGCCGAUUUCCCUGGGAGAGUCCCUGGGGGCGCUGCCCUCCCUUGGAGAGCCUCUGAGAGCACUCCCAUCCCUAGGAGGGCCCAGGGUUGCAGUAAUUUUUGUGCUACGAGCUCUGACGUAG